AUGAUUGCAUUAGAGCGCUGCAUUGAAGCUGAAAGAAAACACAAAAAAAUGAAAACAGCAAAAGAACAAAAUAACCGAAUUCUUAUCUUCCAGAGCAGAUGGCAACUAUGGAUACUGAGCAAUAGCAAUGGAAAUAUAUCAGAACCAGAAAGAAGAAUGAAGAAUGACAACAUGUCUGCAUCCACAAACCCGCUCAUAAUCAGUCUCAAAAACAAAAGAUCACCUCUUCCUCAGCAACAUUGGGUCGGAACCAUUGACCAUCCACAGCUUGUAGCAGAUGCGUUCAAUAGAUCAAUAGACAUAUAUUGGAACACUCCAAGAGAAACAGAAAACUGUCUCUUUGUUCCAUUAACUACCACACCAGAAAAAUUGGAGCCAAUAAUAAUAGUCUUGGACAUUAACCACUUUCUUCUUGCGAAACGUAAACCUAUCAGAGACUUUACUUGGCCAAAAAUAAAUCCUUUCCACAAAGCCAUAGUCAAAAGAUAUUGCCUAAGCAAUAACUCGAUCAUAUAUUAA